GCCGCGUCGAGAAGAACCUGUUGGUUCAGAGCUCCACCCGGUACCCGGUGUCAGCGGACACCUGGGCAUGGAAGGAGGACAAGCCAAGUGGACGUUACAGUCAUAUCGGUCCUCGUGGCGGAUCAAACCUGUGGGACUGAAGCCGAAGGUUGGUGACGCGGUGUGUGCGCGGGGAAACGCUCAGCUAGCUCUCAGCUAGCGCUAGCCGCGAAGACCGACCGCAGCUCGUCAUGGACGGUUCAUCGUAAACCGACGGUUCGAUCGCUCUGACGGUGUUUGUGAAGCUCGCUGGCAGCUCGUCGCUCGUCAUCGAUUGUCCAGAUGUGCAGAGGGUAGCCGCCGGUGGCUGUCCGGGUCACAGUGAGCGGGAUUCGAACCGAGGCGAUCGACGGGCUGGAGCUCAGAUUAUAUCAGCCGGAAAAUGAAGAAAACCGAGAACAAGAACAAGAGAAAACUCUGUAAUAUGGAGCAACAGGAGAGCGAAGACAAAGAGGCGAAGGAAUUUGCAGCUCCGCCUCCUCCGCUUUUCAGGAAGUUGAGCAACCCAGACGUGAUGUCUGCAGCAACCACCGGCACCAAAUCCAAACUGCAGCGACAACUGAGUCAGGACGAGAGCCGCUGCCGCCGCAGCAGCGUGGCCAUGACUGGUAAGCAGCUGCUUCCUCUCUCCAGCAGUCUGCACACUGGUGUCAGUCAGCUAGCCUCCCAGGUGCCUGGCGCCAUUGGGGGCGUGUCCACAGAAGACGACGUCAAUAACCUGGUCCGAAUGAGGAGCCACACCCUGGGACAGUCUGCUCCAUCACUCACCGGACUGAAGGAGCUGAGUCUUCCCAGAAGAGGCAGUUUCUGUCGGACCAGCAACAGAAAGAGCCUGAUCGUGACGUCCAGCACCUCGCCAACACUGCCCAGACCACACUCACCUCUGCAUGGACACACAGGUGCCAGUCCUUUGGACAGCCCUCGAAACUUCUCGCCCAACACGGCUGCACACUUCUCCUUUGUUCCCGCUCGCAGUCACGGGCACAGGGCUGACAGGACGGAUGGCAGGCGCUGGUCUCUGGCCUCGUUGCCGUCCUCUGGAUAUGGCACCAACACCCCCAGUUCCACCGUCUCGUCCUCCUGUUCAUCUCAGGAGAAGCUGCACCAGCUGCCCUUCCAGCCCACGCCAGAUGAGCUGCACUUCCUCACAAAACACUUCAGCUCGGAGAGCAUCACAGACGAGGAGGGACGCCGCUCCCCCGCCAUGAGACCACGCUCCCGCAGCCUCAGCCCGGGGCGUUCACCAGUGUCGUUUGACCAUGAGAUUGUAAUGAUGAACCACGUGUAUAAGGAGCGGUUCCCCAAGGCCACAGCUCAGAUGGAGGAGCGUCUGGCUGAGCUGCUCGCCUCUUCAGCCCCGGACAAAGUGUGCCCGCUGGCGGACGGCGUCCUUAGUUUCAUCCACCAUCAGCUGAUCGAGCUGUCCAGAGACUGUCUGGAGAAGAGCCGCGAGGGCCUCAUCACCUCCCGCUACUUCUACGAGUUCCAGGAGAGUCUGGAGAAACUGCUGCAGGAUGCUUACGAGCGCUCGGAGAGCGUGGAGGUCACCUUCGUCAUCCAGCUGGUUAAGAAGCUGAUGAUAAUCAUCGCCCGGCCCGCCCGCCUGCUGGAGUGCCUGGAGUUUGAUCCAGAGGAGUUUUACCAUCUCCUGGAGGCAGCUGAGGGUCAUGCCAAAGAGGGUCAAGGCAUCAAGUCCGACAUUCCACGUUACAUCAUCAGCCAGCUGGGCCUCACCAGAGAUCCACUGGAAGAAAUGGCCCAGCUGAGCAGUUACGACAGCGGGAACCCAGAAACGCCUGAGACGGAUGAUUCUGUGGAUACCCGAGGAACUUUGGUACCAGCACCUCCACCACAUACCAGAACCAAAACACCUCGAGAAGAAGACUUUGAAAACAUCAAACUCAUCAGUAACGGCGCCUACGGCGCCGUGUUUCUGGUGCGUCACAAGGAGACUCGACAGCGUUUCGCCAUGAAGAAGAUCAACAAGCAGAACCUGAUCCUGAGGAACCAGAUUCAGCAGGCCUUUGUGGAGCGAGACAUCCUGACCUUCGCCGAGAACCCCUUCGUGGUCUCCAUGUUCUGUUCUUUUGAGACCAGGAGGCACCUGUGCAUGGUGAUGGAGUACGUGGAGGGGGGCGACUGUGCCACGCUGCUGAAGAAUAUCGGUGCUUUGCCGGUGGACAUGGCACGUAUGUACUUUGCAGAAACUGUUCUCGCGCUGGAGUAUCUCCACAACUACGGCAUCGUGCACAGAGACCUCAAACCAGACAAUCUUCUGAUCACCUCCAUGGGUCACAUCAAGCUGACGGACUUUGGCCUCUCGAAAAUCGGUCUGAUGAGUCUGACCACGAAUCUGUAUGAAGGACACAUCGAGAAAGACACCAGAGAGUUCCUGGAUAAACAGGUUUUUGGCACUCCAGAAUAUAUCGCCCCAGAGGUAAUUCUCCGUCAGGGAUACGGGAAGCCCGUAGACUGGUGGGCCAUGGGAGUCAUCCUGUACGAGUUCCUGCUCGGCUGCGCUCCCUUUUUUGGAGACACUCCAGAAGAACUGUUUGGUCAGGUGAUCAGUGAUGAGAUCAUGUGGCCUGAAGGCGAUGAAGCUCUGCCUCACGACGCUCAGGACCUCAUCUCCAAGCUGCUCCGACAGAACCCUCUGGAGCGGCUGGGCACCGGAAGUGCCUUUGAGGUGAAGGAACAUGCCUUUUUCACCAGUCUGGACUGGAACGGUUUGCUGAGACAGAAAGCAGAGUUCAUCCCCCAGCUGGAGUCUGAGGACGACACCAGCUACUUUGACACUCGGACGGAUCGGUACCAUCACGUGGACUCGGAGGAGGAGGACGACACCAACGAUGACGAGCACGUGGAGUUACGACAGUUCUCGUCCUGUUCUCCGCGAUUCAACAAGGUUUACAGCAGCAUGGAGCGUCUGUCUCUGCACGAAGAGAAGAGGACUCCGCCCCCCACCAAACGCAGCCUCAGUGAGGAGGGCAGCGACCGGCUUGACAGUCUGAGCGGACUGAAGUCCAGAGACCGAUCAUGGCUGGUGGGGUCUCCAGAGAUCCUGAGGAAGCGUCUGUCCGUGUCGGAGUCGUCACACACGGAGAGCGACUCCAGCCCUCCACUGACUGUGAGGAGGCGCUGCUGCUCUGCCAUCAUCGAGAUGCCUCGCUUUGCCAUCUCCUCUGAGGAGGAAGGAGGCCCAGGAGCCGCUAGCGGCCGUAAGAGCACCAGCCUGCUAACGCCGAGCACAGUGAGAGGUCCAUGGAGCGAGGAGCUCCCCCUGUCCAUCCCGGAGCUCCCAGUGGAAAGAGAGCUGAUGCUGGAUGAGUCGCCCACCACGCCAAGCUCCGCCUCCAGCCAGAGCAGCAAGGCCACGCUCACACCGGGCAGUAUGGGAGACAGCUGGGAUCGUGGUAACGGCAGUAAUGGCGGCACGAGUGGAGGCAUUAAAGGAGCAGUAGAAGGUGAAUGUCUGACGACACCGAAGGCCAUCAGCGACCUGGCAGUCCGUCGAGCUCGCCAUCGUCUGCUGUCUGGUGAUGGAGACAAACCUCUGGUGACGCCCACAUCCAGGCCGCUCAACAAGGUCAUCAAAUCAGCUUCUGCCACCACGCUGUCACUGAUGAUCCCCGCAGACCACCAUGGAGCCUCUCCAUUGGCCAGCCCGAUGUCCCCCCACUCGCUGUCAUCCAACCCGUCAUCACGCGACUCAUCCCCAAGUCGGGACUUGUCGCCCGCUGUGACCAGCGUCAGGCCCGCCAUAGUCAUCCACAGAGCGGGUAAGAAGUACGGCUUCACGCUGAGGGCCAUCCGAGUCUACAUGGGAGACUCCGACAUCUACACCGUGCACCACAUGGUGUGGCACGUGGAGGACAGCGGUCCGGCCCACGAUGCGGGGCUGAGGGAGGGCGACCUCAUCACCCACGUGAACGGAGAACCUGUCCACGGUCUGGUUCACACCGAGGUGGUCCAACUCAUCCUGAAGAGCGGUGGUAAAGUGUCGAUUUCUGCCACACCAUUUGAAAACACAUCCAUCAAAGUUGGCCCCGCUCGAAAGACCACCCAUAAGUCUAAGAUGGCACGACGCAACAAGAAGACCAAGAACAAGGAGGGACAGGACAGUAAGAAGAAAACGUCUCUGUUUCGGAAAAUCACCAAACAGGCUUCUCUGCUGCACACCAGCCGCAGUCUGUCCUCGCUGAACCGCUCCCUGUCCUCCGGAGAGAGCGGCCCCGGCUCACCCACGCACAAUCUGUCACCGCGGAGCCCCACUCAGGGAUGUCGCUCCACGCCAGACUCCGCCCACUCCGUUGGUGGAAAUUCAUCCCAGAGUAGCUCCCCCAGCUCCAGCGUCCCAAACUCUCCAGCGAGCUCCGGACACAUCCGACCCAGUUCCCUGCACGGCCUUGCCCCGAAGCUCCAGCGGCAGUACCGCUCUCCUCGACGCAAGUCUGCUGGCAACAUACCGCUGUCGCCACUGGCCCGCACGCCUUCACCAACCCCCCAGAGCACCUCGCCUCAGCGAUCCCCCUCACCGCUGCCCAGCCACACAUUGGGUCAGCCUGCCGUGGGACAGUCCUUCCCCGUCAAGCUCCACUCUUCACCGCCACUGGUCAGGCAGAUAUCCAGGCCGAAGAGCGCCGAGCCACCACGCUCCCCCUUACUCAAGAGAGUGCAGUCCGCUGAGAAACUGGCCUCCUCCCUCACGUCCUCCCCUUCCUCCCCCUGUGGAGUGGCGUCGGCGGGGGACAAAAAGCUGGUGGUGGGAGGGGCUGUGGGUACUCGGAAACACAGCCUGGACAUCUCACAUUCCGAGUUUAAGAAGGAGAUUCUGCAGAGGGAGCCGAGCCUCCAGAGCCUCCAGGAGUCAGCCGGUGAGUGUCUGCUGACCUCAGCGGGACGUGGGGUGGUCAAAGGCAGCCUGCAGAAACACUCUUCGUCCAGGAAGCUGGGACGUCAGGAGGGGGACGGUGCACUUGGCAUGGCGCCAGGUUCGCUGGGCCUGGCUCCUGGGAAGAGCAAGCUAAAGGACAAACUGUCCGCUAUUCGGCAGGACAGAGCUGAGCGUAGGGAAUCCCUACAGAAACAAGACGCCAUCCACGAGGUGGAUUCAUCUGAGGAUGAGACAGAUGAAGGCUCAGAGGACAGCCAAGAUGGACGCAGGGGAACCACUUUCACCCCUCCACCCUUGUUGCGUCCCACUACCGUGCGUACAGGACCUGGCGGCAUGUUGCCAUCCCUCUGCCUGUCCCCGUCCUCAUGUCACACACCGUCCACCUACACAGGUUCCUCUCAGGUAGGUAGGCCCGCUCCCUCACACUCACUGCCCUCAGUUUCAGAGGCAAAACCCAGUCAGACCACAAUCUGUCCCGGAGACAAAGAGGAGAGAUCGACCUCAUCCACUGCAGACUGUUUACAAGAAGAGAGGAAUGCUUCUGAGCCAAGUGGUACCAGGAACCCUACUCAGGCCCCGCUUCCUUUCUCCACACCAGGCAGUGCAUUCAUCUCAGUGAGCAAGGAACCUUUCCACAAGUCAACUCCUUCCAGGGACUUACAGACCCUCAGGGGAAAGACAGACCCAUCAGAGCCACAACCAGAAGACCGGGCCUUGGACAUCCCAAGAACAGCUGCUUUCUCUCCAACUGUCACCACACAUGCCACAAAGGCCCGAACUGCCGCAGAUACAUCUGACUGCCAUCCCAGUGAUAGUCGAGCAACACCCCACCCCUCCUGCUCUUCUCCAGGCAUCUCCAAGGAGAAGAAAGAGGCGGACAACCGCCGACAGGCCCAGACUAUGGCUGCCGCCACCGCUGCUGCCACUGUGUGCGUCUCUGCUGGAAAUCUAAGUACAUCAUCCAGUUCUCCCGGCAAGUCCACUUCAAGCUUUCCAGUUACACUUCCUGAGGGUGGGGUGGACAGAGUUGUGUCUCAGCUUGCAACAGUUGCCAAGAGUGUUCUGGGUCCUGUGAAACUUGUUUCCCCUGCAGACAAGAGCUUGAAGGACCAGAACCCGAAAGUCGGAGCCCCAGAAAUCAUAUCCACAGACUCUGUCAGGUCCCCCUCCAAACAUCAGUCAUCGCCGCAUCUUUCAGAGUCCCGGCAGAAGACCAGUCAGAUCUCCUCUCCAACCGCUCCGCAGUGGCCAUCAAGAUCUUCAUCCCAGAAAGACUGUGCAGGUGUGGUGCAAGGUUCCCGUAAAGGCAUCUCAGAAAGGUCAACAUCAGGACCUCAAAGCCUCACUGGUCAGGAGAAUGCCGCCAUGUUUUCAUCUGCAGAACAUCCGGAGGCAGCCGCCAUUCAGUCUGCAGCCAGCAUGAACCCCAACACAUCUGCAGCAUCUGAGCCACAGCGCACGAGGUCUGAGCCACGGGCAGCAACCGGCAGCACCACGCUGCCGAAGUCCUUGCAACCAGACAAAACGGCCAGCAAGAAGACGUAGCAUCAAAGAAACAGAAUGUACAGAUCCCGCCUCUCGGCACCGGGGCGAAAUUUUAUUACAGAAACUGCAUGAUGGGAAGAAAGUGUCACAUUAGCAUCUCCACCAAGAGUUUGACCUUUGAAACAGAAGAAGACUGAGAAGCAGGCAGACGCAGUCAUCUUUGCUUCAUUCCGUUUUUUGUUGUUGUUGUUGUUUUUUUUCCCCCCAAUCUUUGUUUUAUUUUGCUUUUCGGACUCAUCUUCUUUGGUUUCUGCUUUCAGACCUGAGCUGCACAUCAUUCCUUUUCUGCAGACAUGCAGGGGCUCGAAAUAAAGACUUGAGCGGUCGCUGCACAGGUUUGACAUGCUGCCGCGUGAUGUACAUCAACCUGAUCACCUGCGUUUCAUGCUGGGACCUUGCAUUUGACCUUCUGGAGAACCUUCACGCGUGUUCAUCAAAAACAGUUCAGGAUGUGUCUUCGAGAACCCAAGCGUGUCUUCGUCCUUCCUGUUCACAGCCGUGACUGAAACAUUUUUGUAUCUCAGCAAUCACGCACGUUAGCGUAAACACAUCACAGUGUUUUGUUCGAACGGAAUCUGAACCGUCAUCGUGCACUCAGAAUCAAGCUAACGAGGACAAACGGCACCGAGUGCUAACGUCUGAUGAUCGGACGCUGCAGAUCUGCUGGACGUUCCAGAGAUUGAGUUUGACCUCGUGCAUCAAAAACAUGCACAAACACAGAUUUUAUACCUGCAGCCGACGCAUUUUAGUGUUGUUGUUAUUACUUUCAUGAAAUUUGUGAAUGUUGUAUUCAACAUCUAAAACCAACAGUUGGCGCAAAUGCUUACGUCUCUGACAUCGCUAACCGACUAGAUAACGAUGAAAGUUUUUAAAUACGUUUGUUUUACGUUGAGGACAGUCUGAGUCUGAAUCACGACUUCAGCUGAUCCUUCCAGAUCAUGUACACACUCACCGACUGUUUUAUACAUUUAACUUCCUCGACCUCUGAGUCAAAACACCAAUGAUUUGUUUUCUGUGUCCAUCACUGAGAUAUUGACGUGUUUGUGGUACAAAGUAAUUUUAUCCAAACAUUUUAACAGGAUGACAAACAAUCCAAAAUAUUGCCAUAUACGGCCGUCCUGUGCUGUCAACCAUAAAACGGAGGACAAAGUCUGUAGAAGACAUUCUCAUGUCCAGAUAAAAGAAAAAGUGGUAAGAUAAUAAAAAAAAUCCCUCCCAUGAUUCAAUACGGUCAGAAGAUGAAAUAAUGAAAUAAAACUUAAGUUAUAAAAAAAAUUGAAAUAUUUUUUUUAUAUUUUGGGGCAGAUGGUAUAUAAUGAUUUAUCCACUAGGGGGCAGAUUAGUGCCAAAUCUAGUAGAAGACAAAUUUAUCUUACAAACUUUGCCAUUUAUGCUGCUUGUUACUAUGCUGUUUCUGACACGCGAUGUCAUAUAAAAUGUCAUUGGACAUGAGUUAGCGUCGGGAUUAAACUGUUUUAAGUCCUUUAACGGCUUUUAUGAUGUCUGUGAGGUUUGUGUCGAUAAAGAAAUAAAGACUGAAAUGUAAAUAAAGGAGUUAUUUUAUCAACUCGAUCACCUGCUCAAACAUCUUACAGCUUCAUCAUAGGAUCACAUGACCUUCGUGAAGGCACCGAGCUGAGUGCGAUGUCUUGCCGACGUUAGUUUAUCAAACCUCCUUUUUAUUUUGAGCCCUCUGCAGGUCGCGGUUUUAUUUGGUGUUUGGACCAAACUGCUGUUCUCGGUUGAUGCCGUUAAAUCCUGUAAAGUCGUCAGACUUCAGGUAUUUUAUCCAGUGUGGUUUUGUUUUUGUUUUGUUUUUUGUCCACUAGGUGUCAGGAUUUACACAAAUCUUUGCUCUCGUUUGUCGAAACAAAAGUUUUCGGAACUUUUGUUCUGAAUUAAUUGUUGUUGACUUAAAAUGUUUAACUGUCAUCAGUGAGAUGUAGAAAAUAAAGUUUUUAUUUUAAAAACGUUUCAUGGCGACUUACGUCAGGAAAAGUUUCAGUUUAGCGAGUGCCUCAGCGUGUAGACCAGGGGUGGGCACUGCAGGUUUUCCUUACAACCAACCACCUCAGCAGGUGAUUUCAUUGACAAUCAGGUGUUUAUAUUCAGGGGAGAAGCUCCUCAGCAACCCACCUGCUGAGGGGAUUGGUUGCAAGGAAAACCUGCACUGUCUCGGCCCUCGUUGCCCACCCCUGGUGUAGACGGUGGCUUAUUUUGAAGGGCCUUGGUUAAAUUUAUUAUACUUGUGACCUCGAUAUUUGUGUACGAUGGUCAGGUCCAAGUUGGCGGCAGUUGCAUAGUUUUAAGCCCCGCUUACUUGCCAGGAUGCAGGAUGAAAGUUGUGUAGCGCGUUACUCAAGCGAAAGCUGAGAAAGCAUCGGGUCAUACGGCAAACGAAAGAGAGGUGAAAGGAAAAGUGACACAAAAUUUAAAAAAAAAAAUGCGUACAAAUAGAGAAACUGCGAACAUUUGUGAACAUACAGUGAAACAUUUCUUUAAGCAAUCUGAACUUUUAAAUCUUCAGGAAACAGUUUGGAAAA